GAUUUUUCCAACCGAGGCUUUUUUGGUUUUUAUAUCAAAAUUAAUUGCUUUCAAUACAUAAUAAACAGAUCCCCAACAACCUGUAAUUGUUUGCAGUCUGUGUGCGUGCAAUUUAAAGUGAUUAGAAAGUCUUGCGUGUGUUAUUUACGCAUUGGAAAAAACUCGGCCGUCGUCACACCUUUGGCCAGCAUACCAAUACCAUUACCUUUACCAACACCAGCAAGCAGACAAAUAUAAUAGAAACUGCAAACGGCGAAUAAGUGUAUGUGAAUAGGCAGACACAAAAAAGUCUUAUAACCAGCUAGCAAAAAUACUAAGUACUAUUACCAUAGUACUUAUUAACGCUCCGAUUUUCGAAAAGCGAAAGAAAAACCAAACGCAUUAACCUUUUGGAAAUAUUACGAAAGUAUUAUUUCUGUAUUUAUUUGUUAAUAAUCAUGGCUCAGUAAACAUGAAUCCUCAACGAAAAUCGAACGCUCAACGCACUCCGUGUGGAGACCACCGCAAUCGCGACACGCAAUUUACUGCGAAUUCGCAGCAACAUCCCAAAACCACCUAUUCUCCCUUUUACCUAAGCAUCAACGAGAUCUGCGGCCUUAGCGCAGCCAAGAAUAAUUACAAUGGACAACAACAACAAGAAGCAACAGCAGCAACAUCGUGCAAACAAAUCGUCUACUGAAAAUCAGCGCAAGUCCAACGAUUUGCAUGCUAACAACAAAACACGCAAUUCUCGUCGCCGCGAGCCACUAGCAACACCACGUAACGAGCAGCAGCAGCAGCAACAACAACAGCGCAUCGGCAAGCAAGGACAGCAACCACAACAACAGCAGCCAGCUAAGCUACGUCCGAAUGUGGACAAGCGUCCACGUGCCCGCGGCGGCGGCGGCACUGGCGGUAGCAGCAGUUAUACUCAAUCCUUUGACGAUGGCUCUGCAUCUAUCGGAAUGCGUGACGCUUAUGGCGGCUCCGGACUAGCGCAGUCUGCUGCUGGCUACGGUCGUAGUGAACUUGAUUAUGAAUUAAACUCUGUGUAUGCGCAAGGCAGCAAGAAGCAGAAUCUGAACCAUCUGCUUAACUUUCACUAUGUGCCACGCGAGUCUGGCGGGACGGAGUGGCAUGGAGGUGGGCAUGGUGGUGGUUCUGUGGCGCGCAGGCAGCCGCGCUACAACAAGGAACAGUUUUUGCAGGCGAACUUUCAGUUUGUCAUUCGCAGCGGGGCUAAGGCGCAGGUUCAUGGCUCGCCCGACACGCUCAUCGAUUGGAGUCUCAUCGAGCAGAUCAACAUACAUACAACCGAGGAGCCGCAAUGUCCAAUUUGUCUCUAUCCACCAGUUGCGGCAAAGCUAACUCGUUGCGGACACGCCUAUUGCUGGCCGUGCUUGCUGCACUACCUUUCGUUGAGUGACAAGAGCUGGCGCAAGUGCCCCAUUUGCUACGAUGCCAUACAUGCCGCUGAUCUAAAGAGCUGCACCAUUGAACAGCAGCAGGUGAUGAAUGUCAACGAUACGAUUAGUUUUCAACUAAUGCGUCGUCGUAAGGGCUCCAUGUAUAUUGAGCGGUAUGCCAGUGCUUCCUUGGAACCAUUGGAGCGUUUUCCUAUGCUCAGUGCGUUGGAAGAGGCCAAGCGUUUCUCCAAAUUUGUAAUUGCUAAGCGUGUGGAUGUUGGCGCUAUAAUCGAUCGCGAGCGUCGUGAACUUUUGUCAGAGUCGGAUGUUGCUUGUCCAGAGCACGUGUUUGUGCAGCAGGCGUUGCUCACACUCAACGAACGUUUCGAAAAGCUAGGCCUAGAGCCUGAGGAGCAGCCACAGCAAAAACAGCUGGAGCAGCCACUGCAACUAAUUGAAGAGGAGCCCAAGACUCCGGAAAUUGAGGAGAAACUUGAUGAAGCAUCAGUGUCUUCCUUUGGCGAAGCUAGCAGCAGCAGCAGCAGUAGCUGCUCUCACAAUAUUAACAACAACAACAAAUAUUAUUAUUUCUAUCAAUCCAAUGAUGGUCAAAACAUUUACUUACAUCCAUUGAACGUUAAAAUGCUCCAAGCCUGCUACGGCACCUUGGAUAUGGCACCCAUGCUCAUCGAAGCGCAAAUAUUGCAAAAGGAGCAGCACUCUAUGGAUGAAGAACAUCGUCGCAAGUUCACCUGCUUGGGUCAUUUGCCACUCACGUGCCAGUUCUCCGUAGUUGAAGUAGAGCUGCAGCCGCCAACUAUAUCCAACAGCAUACUCAAGUUGUUCAAAUCUGAUGUACUCAACCGCAAGAAGGAGCGUCAACGUCGAGAGCGCGAGGAACUAAAGCGCGAGCAGCAAAUCAAUGAGAUCAAUGAUCGCCAGAUGGGCAAACUGAUUGCCAGCGCAGCCAACUUGAAUUUGAGUUCGGCCCACGAGUUUCCCACUUGUGGGUUCGAAGAGGACUUGCCAGCACCACGGGGCGCCUUGCCCGUUACCAUACAGCAGAGCAACGUACCGCGUUACUCCAAAGUGGCUGCCAGUCCCAAGCAAGAGCUCUGGCCCAGCAUUGGCGACGCCUCGUCGACAGCUCACAGCACACCAGAGUUUCGAGUGGGCGCCUGGGGACAUGCCGCACCUCCAGCGCCAGUUGCUGCUGCUAGCAGCCGUGCAACUGUGGCAGACGACACUGAGCUGCGUGCUGUGGGUCCCUGGGCACUGGGUGAACUGCUGGAGGGCGCACUGGGUCAGCAGAAACAACAGCGCGGCGGCAAAUCGAAUAACGCAGCAGAUGGCGUGGCCAACAAGAAGAAAGCCAAAGGCAAGAAAAUGGUGCCACUGUUUGCCGUAGGAAUGAAUAGAGCUCCAUAGAUCGUCUUAGAUGAACAACUUACAUACGCAAUUAAUUUCAUUACAAAAAUAUUGAAAGAAAAUGUAGAAAUUUUUGUUUAGUACGCUGAUAAGCGAAA